UAGAGGGUGGAAAAAAAAAUCAGAGGAACCUCUCCUGUUUACAACAACAUAAUGGAGCCAAAAGGGUCAAAAAUCAUCUGCAAGCGUGUUUUAUUGACUGGAUUUACGCUAUGUAUUGUAUUAGUCACAAAACCUUCAUCUGCAAUCGACAUACAUGCCGACUCUGAAGUGAUGAUGCAGAACGGCACCACAGGAACCCUUCGAUGCACCUUUAGGUCCAAUGAAGUGGUCAGCAGCGGCACCUCGGUAACUUGGAGCUUUCAGUCGAGUCAUCCCGACAAUCCGUACUCCAACUCUCCAUACGUGAUUUUCUACUUUUCCAAUGGGAAAGGAUUCCCAGGACCACAGGAGUUCAAAGACAGAGUGCAGUUUAUUGGAGACAUAAACAAGAGGGACGUCUCGAUACAGCUGAGUCCGGCUCAGUUUAGCGACAACGGGACCUUCUUCUGCGACGUGAAGAACCCGCCGGACGUAACAGGAACACCGGCUCGAACAGAGCUCAGGGUCGUUCUGAAAGAAUCUCUUCCUCCGAACAACACUACCAUUAUAGUCGGAGCAGUUUGUGGUGCUUUGGUUCUGCUCGUCCUCAUCGCUGUAGCUGCCUGCGUUGUCAUGAGGGUGCUUCACAACCGCCAUGACUAUGAAGGAUGUACGUCCUUGGAAAGCGUGAGCUCUCAGGCACCAAAACCACGAAAGAAGGUGGAGUCCAGCCUGGAGGGCUCCAGGUGUACCAGUCCCUCGGGUCCACUACAGGGCCCGGUGAUAUACGCCCAGUUGGAUCACUCGGGCAGCAAAAACUCAUUCCACAAGAUGGAGCCAGUGGUCUACGCUGACAUUCGUAAAAACUGAAGAGGAACCGUGUGACCAAAAACAUAACUAAAAAACACAGUAAAGUAUCAGACCUCUCUAUCAGCUGCUCUUGGGAAGGGUGGGAAUGUUAAUACAGGGACAAAAGUUGGUGCAGUUUUUUUUCUCUCUCUCUUUUUUUUUUUUUUGUCCUCUGAAAGCAUGAUGCUGUUUUAUGAUAAAGUAAUGUUUCCAUGUGCUUUUUAUUGUAAAGACCAAAAAAAAGCAAAGAAACACUAAUG